GUCUUUCCCGUCGUGCCUUGCGUGGAUCCUAAACAGGAAGUGAGGUAGAAGCAGCGCUGGGCGGAAGUUGUCGGUAUGGCGGAAUACGAGCAGGUACAGAGAAGCGCUCUGAAGCUUAAAGGGGUGUCGGAACUGGGCGUUACGAAGCGGAAGAAGAGGAAGGACAAGGACAAGAGCAAGGUCCUGGAGCAGAUCGUGACGAGCAAGAAGAACGAGGAGGAGAAGCGGAGGGGGCUGGACAAGCGGACCCCAGCGCAGAUCGCCUACGAGAAGAUGCAGGAGAAGAGGCAAAUGGAAAGAAUCUUAAAGAAAGCAUCCAAAACUCAUAAGCAGAGGGUGGAGGAUUUCAACAGACAUUUAGAUACUCUCACUGAGCAUUAUGAUAUCCCUAAAGUCAGCUGGACAAAAUAGAUUCCUGCAACGUUGUAUGGUGUGGCCCCCAGGAAGAGUACUCAUCUGUGUUUGUUCUGGAUAACUGUGGCAUGUUCUUUCUGUAAAUGCUUUUUUUUCCUUUUUUUUUUUAUGUUUCCUGCUAAGACAAUUUUUAAACGCUCUAAUCAAGUUAGUAACUUGUCACACUUUAUUAAGGUGGGACUCAUAGUUAUUUAUGUUUCUUUGUGACAUGUAAAAUUUCUAAUCUUUUAGGUUAAAAAAAUUCAGUUAUUUAUACAAGGUCAUUGAAACUUAUUUACACGUAAGGACAUCCAACUAGGAAAGUGUGAUAAUUCAGCCUGUGAUCUACCAGUUACUUUUAUUGCACUAUAGGAAAAAAAAACCUUGCUACGCCAGUACCAACAGACUCUAAGGUGCUAAUUAUAGCCAGUUAUCGUUUCAUUACUUUCCUACUUGAAGAUAAUAAAGCUGUUUCAAUGUUUAAA